AUGGAAGCGCAUUCGCGCCAACACGUUCUCGGUUUUGUGAGGAAUGCACUCGACGACGCUCGCGGCGCAAUCGCUGCCGGUGGAACUGCUCCGAAGGCAGACCAGAUUGUCGAGGCCAUCAGAGCGCGCGCCGCGGCAAUGAAUCAGGGAUGGCCGCGGCAUGUGAUAAACGCUACGGGAGUGGUGCUGCAUACGAAUCUUGGGCGCGCGCCACUAAGCGACGACGCAAUUGAAGCGAUGCGGCGGACAGCGCAGGGAUACAGUGACCUGGAGCUUGACCUGGGCACGGGACGGCGCGGAUCAAGGCAGGCGCAUAUUUCGGAGCUCGUGGCGCGGGCUACGGGCGCUGAGGCUGCGCUGGUGGUGAAUAACAACGCUUCGGCGGUGAUGCUUGGGCUUGCAGCUAUCGCAAGUGGCAAAGAGGUCAUCGUGUCGCGCGGGGAGGCUGUGGAGAUUGGGGGCGGCUUUCGUGUUCCCGAUGUUCUGCGACAGAGCGGGGCGACGCUCGUGGAAGUGGGGACGACCAAUCGCACUUAUGGGCGCGAUUACGAGGCGGCGAUUACAGAGGAAACAGGCGCGCUGCUUGCGGUGCAUGCGAGCAAUUUCCGCGUGAUGGGAUUUACACACGCGCCGGAGAUGAAGGGAGCUUGUCGAGAUUGGGGCGCGACGUGGCGUGCCGGUGCUGCACGACCUGGGGAGCGGCUGCCUGUUGGAUUCGGCCCGGUUCGGGUUGAUGCAUGA